AUGGAAGGUCUAUAUUGCUCAGUAUGCCCAGGUCAGAAAGCAGCGGAAUGAGUAUGCAAUUGCACAGGAUCUAACAACUUUCUUUGUGAAACCCAUUCUUCUCUGCACAAGAUCAAACACUACGGUAGUAAAAUCAGCAAUUUAAGUCUGAAAAAGCUUUGGCAGCCUGCCAAAGAUGAAACUAAAUUAAAAGUUUUGAAAAAACUCGCAAAACAAAUAAAAAAGCUGAGAGAAGAAAAGAAAAAUAUCAUAAAAACAACUCUCAAAAGAAUAAAAGCUUUACAAGAGUAUCUUGAGGAAAUGCUUGUAAAAGCAAAUAAAGAAAAGAAGUUUUAUAGAGAUAUGAUAGACAGCAUCUGCUCAUUAAAAGAAGCACAAACUAUGGUUAUAAAAUGGCAUCGUCGAAAUAAUUUAUCAUUGAGAAAUCUUUCAUCCUCAAGCAAUUGGUUUGAUUCUCCCAGAGACCCUUUGUCUAGCAUGCACGCAUAGUGUUUAAGACUUUAGGAGGCAUAGGGCUUUUCUGCUUGAUACUCCUUAUGAGGAACACCCUGUAAAGAGCCAAAUAAUGAGUGAGGCACCACACCUCAUAUGGUCUGUGAAUGAACGAAAUGGUUAAAGCUUAUGGUAUCUGAUUCAAAGUGUGGCGAAGGUGAACAGCUCGUGACUCCACUAGCUAGCUCAGAGUUAAAAGGGCGGUCUACUCAGGCUUACACGUCAAACUCAAAAUAUAAUAAGAAGAAGCACCAAUCAAAGCCAAAUGUGAGAUUUAUGAGAUAUUAACAAUUCCCUUCGAUAAAAUAAAAAUCAAAAACGCAAUAGAUAAAUGCAAGCCUCCUGAAGAUAGCUCACUCCCCCUUUAAAUUUGAAUAAAGAGUGGGUAAAUUUCCAUUUUUUGGAUACUUUAGCCUCCUUUUAAAUUAAACAAUCAUGCUAGAUAAAAUUCAAAAAUAUUUUGCUUAUAUGCUAUUUUUAGUUUUACAUAAAAAACAUUAACCCCAUUAAAAUUGGAACAGGAUUUUUAUACCAGUUUAAAGGGGAAGGAAAUCAGUAACAAAUCUCAAGACAUUAUUUUCUGAAUGAAAAAAACAAGAAAGCAUCAAUCAAAAAUCAAAAGAAAGAUGCCCAAAUUAUCAUGAUUGCAAAAAUUUGCUUUAUUGCAAUUUUUCCCAUCCAGUGAAAACAGUAAGUCUGAUUUAGUGCGAAUUUUAUCCAAAUUGUAAAUAUGGAGAUGCAUGCAAAUAUAGACAUAUAAAAGUAAUAGCUCAACAGACAAAUUGCAAAUAUGGUAAAAAUUGCCGAAAUGUUGGAUGCCAAUAUUUGCAUGUGGAAUUGAUAGAAAAGUCAGGAAAUUCGAAAUCUAAGCCAUUACAAAGUGUGAGAGUAAAUCGAAAUCAUUACUUAACGACGAAAUCUUUGAUUUAA